GUUUGGGUGGAUCAUCCUCUGGUUCUUUUUGUUCCUGUAUUGGAGCUGUUUGUGCACACAACGACGGGCUUUGAAACUUCAAGAACAUCAGAACUACUUGAUAACUUCUUAAAGUGUUGCUUGUUCUGAAGAUGGCUACAUGUGAUGACAAUAAUUUAACAGAGCAAAAAGAACUUCAGGAAACCUCUACUCAACAUACACCAUCAGCAGAAAAUAUAAUUCAACAACCUGGGGAUGAAAAAAUACAAGAAGAUCUGAAGACACUUAAAGCAAUCAUAUCAAAUCAAGAUCUGCCAACAGCAGUUAGAGCACUCAAGGAUUUUCUUGAGAAGCAAGAACAAGUUGAGCUAAAUAUUGCUGUGACAGGAGAGAGUGGUUCUGGAAAGUCGAAAUUUGUCAAUGCUUUUAGGGGUUUAGGGGAUGAAGAAAUGGACUCAGCCAAAACAGGUGUAGUGCAGACCACAAAGGAACCCCAAUGUUAUCUUCACCCAAAAUACAAAAAUGUUAAAAUGUGGGAUCUCCCUGGAAUUGGAACAGAAGACUUCAAAGCCGAAGAGUACCAUCAAAAAGUUCCACUUAAUCACUAUGAUUUUUUCAUCAUUGUUGGUUCAGAGAGGUUCAGAGAAUCUCACAUCCAACUGGCCAAGGAGAUCAGGAAAAUCAAAAAGAAAUUUUACUUUGUUCGUACUAAGAUUGACAAUGACAUGAACGGUGAAAGGCACAAAAAGACAUUUGACGAGGAAGACAUACAAAAUCGCAUACGUAAUAAUUGUAAAGACGGGCUAAAAAACAUUGGUAUUGGGGCUUCUGAUGUGUUCUUGAUCUCUUCCUUACAACUGGGCAAGUAUGAUUUCAAUCUGCUGCAGGAGAGGUUGGAGAAAGAUCUUCCAAAGCAUAAGAGACACGUGCUGAAGCUGGCUGCACCAAAUAUCACCGAAGAGAUUAUUGAGAGAAAGAAGAAAGCUCUAGGGGAAAACAUUCCGAUGGUAGCCUUUCUGUCUGCUAGUGUGGCUGCGAUUCCAUUUCCUGGUCUUUCAUUUUCUGUGGAUUUAUUCAUUAUAAAAUCUGAAAUAGAAAAGUACUAUACUGCCUUUGAUCUUGGUGAUCCAUCCAUGCAGAAGUUCUUGCCAAAUUAUGGUAAGAAAUCAUGGCAUGACUGGUUAAACUCAACUACACUCUUAAGCUUGGUGAGCGCUGUAUCAGUUCUCGCAUCGGAGAGUACAGCUGAAUAUUACUGCAGUCUCAUUCCUGUACUUGGCACACUUGUGGCAGGAGGAAUGUCUUAUUUUACUGUCUCAAGAAUACUACAGAAGGCUCUAAACGAGUUAGCUGAAAAUGCAAAGAAAGUGCUAAACGCUGAACUGCACAGUAAUUAAACUACCACAUUUUGCAGAACAUAGGUAUAUGGGUGCACCACAAUGCAAAACUGUAAAUAUAUGUAUUAUUUGUGAGAAAUAACCUUUGUUUAUAAUAGUAAAGGAGGACAAUUAAUGGCAAACAUUUUUAAAGGUUUUAGUACCUGUAACACUUCUGUAGCUGUUCAUUAAAGACCUGUUUAAUGUAGUAUUCAGUAAGAUUUUCUUGACAAAAAGUUUUUUGUCAAUAUGACAAAAUUACUGUAAUAUUGUAGUUGACCUUGUCAGGCAGACAAAAUAAAAAAACUUCCAAAAUCACAUUGGGGUUUGUGUUCAA